GAGGUCUCUGCUGUGGCCCCGUCUAUCAACAUUGGUCGUAAACGUAAAAGUUCGGCCGCCCGGAUCGCCGACGAUAUGUUGUGAAAAUAUUAUUUGGCAGCUCUAGACGAAACAAACGCGACCGUUUAGUUAUCAAACUUCAAUCUAAUUACAAUGGAAUCAAGUAACGCAUUGAUUUCAGCGAUGGAGGAGAAUGGUAAGAGAAUGAGGGGCCGUGCUCGCGGUCGAGCCCGUGGACGAACGACCCGGGGUCGGUCUAGAGGAAGAGCCAAGAAGCAAGUUAAGGUUAUCGAAAGCGAUGAAGAAGACACUCCGCAACAAGGAGAGGACAAUUCUACGGAAGCAAUUGGUGGCGAGCAAUUGGUGGACGAGCAUGAACCCCCCGUGACUCAGCAGCCAUCUCUCGAGCAGCAGUUCGACUUGGAGGCUGAUAUAUCGCAGCUGGAGGCGCCGACUUUCACGACCAUCAACCGUGGUCCGCCGGAGCCGAUGCUGCGCUUGAGAUGGGACCAUCGGGUGAAUCUUAUAGGAGAGAAAGUACUGAAUCCUAUGAUACAUUGUUGCGACAAAUGUUUGAAGCCUAUUCUCAUCUACGGCCGUAUGAUACCUUGCAAACAUGUAUUCUGCCUGUCUUGUGCUAAGAGAGAAGACAAAGUCUGUCCUCGUUGCGUGGAGAAGGUGUCCAGAGUGGAGCAAACCGGUCUGGGUACCGUAUUUAUGUGCACGCAUGGCGGAACGAGAUACGGAAAUGCUGGAUGCAGGAGGACAUAUCUCAGUCAGCGGGAUCUACAGGCUCACAUCAACCAUCGGCAUAUAAUAUCGGCGCCGUCCCAAACGGUCCAGGGAAUGCAGGUCGAUCCUCCGCAAUAUGUGCACGCCAAACCGGAGAUGGACUCGCAGCUGACGAAGGUGUCUUCCGUGCAGAUGCAGAGCACGCGGCUUAAAUCCGUGCAGUCUCACAUGGUUCAACCGAUCAUGGGUAACGAUCCCCGCGUGAACUCGCUGGUAAAUCAGCAACCGACGUUGGAGCAACAUCGGCAGCACAGGCAGCAGCAGCAGCAACAACAACAGCAGCAGCAACAGCAGCAGCAACAAGCGAUGAUGUCGAUACAGAGUUACGCGCAGAGCAGCGCGCCGCCGCCGCCGCCGCCGAAUAGCGCCCCGAUGCGGACCAAUCUCAUCACCGUGCCGAUCCAGGACACGACGUCCCUAGCCACGCACGACCUCCACGCGCAACAGAGCCAUCAUUACUACCCGACGCCACCGCCGCCGCCUCCGCCGCCACCGCCGCCGGUCAAUUACGGCGGUUAUAACGUGCCACCGCCGGUGUCGCAGCCGACGCAGCAGUACUACCCGCAGCAGCAGCAUCCCACUCAGGUGUCCUACGUGCCGCCACCGCCGCCGCCGCAGCAGCAGCAGUACGUGUCGUCGGCGCCGACCUCCAUACGGCCAUCACCCACCGGCUAUAUACAGGAGCCUCAAUACGGUCCGCCACCGUCUCAGCAACAACCGCCGCCGCCACCGCAGUCACAAUGGUCACAGCAUCAACAGCAGUUUUACAGAUAAGAAAGAGACGAGAGAGUGUCACUAGCUGUCAGUGGUAAAGUAGUCAACGUGAAAGACACAAGUUUGUGUGAACUUUCGAUCAUUUUAUAUAUCUUUUUUUAAGUGAAGAAAUAUUUUCUCAUUGAAAUAAGAAACAAAUUUUAAUAACCGAAAGUACCGAAGAUUAUUUGGUCUGAAUCUAUUGAUUUUAUAUACUCUGCUAAGUAGAUUAUAAAAUAUUGAAUUAUAGAAAUGACGUUCUAUCUACUCUCACAUAUGUAUGUGUA